AUGUCAGACCAGGAUGAAAAUAAUAAAAAGUCAUGGCUCCUUUAUAAUUUAUUAAACCGGAUUAUAGGGAGCCAGGAAAUGGUGGUAGUCAAAAGAAGAAUGACAAUUAUGGGAGAGCUUAUCGCCAACGCAGAUAAAACAUUACCUGUUAAACGGUUUAACACAGGAAGCAGGAGCGAGGGAAGUGCAAUUGUAGGUUCGGACAAAGACUUCAUGUUCAUUUAUAAAAACGUAACUGUUAUAUGUCCUAAUCAGGACACUGGUCUUCCACAAAGCAGUGCAGAUACGUCAGUUUUAUUGAUGAGAGAUACUGCUGACAGCCGACCUGGCUACGUGACCUUGCAAUUUCUUCAUCGGGGAGGGAAAUGUCCUUCACAUUUGAUGGCUUCCGUUGUUCCAGUUUUGGAUCAACUCUUCGUUUCAAGUGAGGUAUAUCAACGUAUAGACAGAGACAUGUACAGUAAUUUUCUGCAAAUAGCCUUUGAAACUAAUGGUCCAGCUUCAGCUUUAACUUAUAAAGACAAUAAAGAAUCAAUUAGUAUGGAUACCGCAAGUUCUCUCCACUGUCCUUACUGGCCUAAAGAAGCUAAUGAGUGGGUGAGUAGACCUCGCUUACAUGAGUGGCCGGAUAAAGCUUUGAGAGAUCAGAUAGUACAGGGUGGCUGCCAACUCGUUCCUGUAGGAGAUAAAACGUCUGAUGACUCAUUCUUACAAUGGAGGAUUUCAUUUGUUACUGCGGAGAGGCAUCUCAUUUAUUCUCUUAGUCAUGUCCAAUUUUUAGUGUACGGACUUCUCAAGUAUUUUAUCAAACAGAUAUCGGGAAUAUUGAAACAAUUACAAGGAGAUACAGAUAUCCUUACAUCAUAUAUACUAAAAACAGCCGUAUUCCAUGCAGUAGAAAAUACACAUCAUUCAUUGUGGCAAGAGAAAAACCUAUUUUACUGUUUCAUGCUUUGCAUGAAAAUGUUGAUCGGUUGGGUGGAGACAGGAUAUUGUCCUAAUUAUUUCAUUCAGAGUAACAAUAUGUUCCAUGGCAAACUUAAUGUCGAAAAUCAACAAAAACUUCUUCGUUUUCUCAUUGAUAUUCAAGAGAAGAAAUGGGAAUGUCUUUCAGUUAAAACAAUCACAUUGCCAACUAUAGGGCAGAUAAUGCACGACUCAGGAAAUCUGCCAUGGGAAUCAGCACUGUUUCCACCAACAACAUUGGAAAGAAAGCAUGAUUUACACGUAUUCCGUGAAUGCUGUGUACUUGACUGCGGAACAAAGGCACUGCCUGCGUCACUGAAUCUCCUGUCUGGGUCGAAGUCAGAAUUGGAUGAUUUCUUUGCUUACGUUACAACAGCAGUAGGAUUAUCAAAUAAAGGUCAGGAAAUAUUCGGUGAAUACUUUUCUGCAACUGGAAAUAAAAAUAAGUACAAAUAUCUCAGGAGAUGCAAAACACUUCUGAAACCUUUUGCAACAGCAUGUACAAGUUCUGGAUUGCUGACACUUGCAACUUAUUAUUACCUGACUGGAAAUAACCUAAAAACACUGGCAAUGUGCAAACACGUGAUCACAUCGGACAAACUUUAUCUCGAUUGUCACUCGGAGAAACAGGACAAAAAGUACGAAGAUCUGCAUUGUGGACGAGGAUACACGCUGCUGAAUAAAUUUCGGGAAGCAUGGUUAUCAGACAUACAUUUUUCAUUGAAUGCUCCAUAUUUUUGUCCGUCUCGUAUACAACCGGAGUUAACACUCAGAAGUGUUACACUUUCGAUCCCUCCUCUCCCUUACGCUGUGUUUUUAUCUUUCCAGUGUUACCAUGAACUAGGCGAGACAAGGAGACGUGAUGAAGCAUUAGUUCACCUCCGGGCCGUUAAGUACGACGAGGAACAAGGAGGUGAUAGACACUGGAUAGUCCACAACCUGUUAGGGAUCUGUUACGAAAUGAUUGAGGAUAAACAGAGGGCACUCAGAUCAUAUAGAGACUCUCUAGGUGUUCUGUGUAUAACCCAAUAUAAGAAUCAAACAAAGAAGAGGAUAGAACGUUUAUUAAACUCGCAAAAACCUAAAGAGUAAUUAUAACAAAUCACUUUCAAACAGCAAGCUCGUGUUUGAGGGUACGCACAUUUUUAAAAAUCCAUCAUCCCCUCUGUAAGUGUUGUGUUCGACGCCUUUCCUUAAAAUUUGUUUGAA